UGGUGAGUUGUCGAGUGGCCUCUCUUUGAACCUCGAGCUGGAACAUUGCCUUGUGAGCCACCAGCCAAAGCAGCAAUCAUGGCUGAAUCUGGCCCGAAUAAAAGUGACAUUACUGCGGUUUUCAAGCAAUUGAGGAAUUUACCAGCCAACAAGGUUUGCUUUGAUUGCAACGCCAAAAAUCCGACAUGGUCAAGUGUAACUUACGGGGUGUUCAUUUGCAUCGACUGCUCAGCUGUUCACCGCGGCCUUGGGGUGCAUCUCACGUUUGUGCGGUCCACCCAGCUAGAUACCAACUGGACCUGGAUUCAGCUCCGGCAAAUGCAGCUGGGAGGAAACUCUAAUGCUAGCACGUUUUUCCGCCAACACAACUUAAACGCUAAUGAUGCCCAGCAAAAGUAUAAUUCUAGAGCGGCCCAUCUGUACAGGGAGAAGCUGCACCAGUCGGCCAUCCAGGCAAUGAGGAUUCACGGCACCAAGAUAAACCUGAAAGAAACCUUGAAAGCUUCUGGACAACGUUUGGUCCAUUUGGAUGUUUCUCAAGAUCUUACGGCAACUAAAAAGGAAGAGGAGGAAAUCGACUUUUUUGAGAACAUUUCAUCUCAAAUGGCUCCAAUCAGUCAGCCUAUAACAGAAAUCCCAACGCCUGUUUCGAAACCAGUGCCUCAGAGGAUAAGUCAGCCUGGAGAGAGAGAACCAAGUGUGAGCACAAUAGAAAGCGUUUCCACUCCUGUUGCACAUGCUCCAGAACCCAGGAAAUCGACAAUUGGAGCCAGGAAGCCUGCUGCGAAAAGUGGACUUGGUGCUAAAAGAGGCCUUGGUGCUCAGCGCGUGAAAGCGAAUUUUGAAGAGAUAGAACGUGAGGCUCAGAUGAACGACGAAAUCAAGACCAAGGCAGUGGAAGAAGUGAUUAAACCAACUCAAGAGGAAGAAGAGAAACAGAUGUCCUCAAUGAGGCUGGCCUAUCAAGAUUUGAGCGUGAAACAGAAGAGGGAGGAAGAACGCCUGAAACACAUUGACAAAAACAAAGCCCAGCAGGUGGAGCGUCUCGGCAUGGGUUUCGCCAGCAGAUCAGGCAUCAGCCACUCGGCCCUCACUGACAUGCAGGCCAUAGAGCAGGAGGGAGUGGUGGAGAAGAAGAAGCAGUCUUCUGUUCCUAGUUCGCGGUCCACGUUUGAAUCGGACUUUUUUGAAGAGUUUCAGUCGGGCUUCUCCAUGUACAAGAACAGCGAGCCCAAGAGCACCGGCAGUGCCUGGGGCACUUUUGACGACGCCGAGCCAGCGUCCAAUAGCUCCAGCCAGAACAACAGCAAAAAGUGGUCGGAUCCAGAGCCCGUGAAGCCGCCAAGCCAGCCAAGGAGCACUGCCGGAGCCGCCUCUGCCGAUGGGAACGAGGCCCAGAAGAAGUUCGGAGGCGCCAAGGCCAUAUCAUCGGACCAGUUCUUCCAGGAUUCCGACGCAAAUAACUGGGAGAGAAAAGCAAAUUUGCAGCGCUUCGAGGGAUCGUCAAGCAUAUCAUCGGCUGAUUACUUUGGCGAUGGCUCCAGCCGUCCGAGUAAUGCCGCCUCCGCUUCUUACAACUCACCCGAUUUGGAAGAUGUUCGUGAGAGUGUGAGACAAGGAGUGACUAAAGUGGCUGGCAAGCUGAGUAACUUGGCCAACGGGGUGAUGAACUCAUUCCAGAACCGCGUCGUUUCCAAUUUGCAGGAGCGUUACGGCUAUUGAUUCUCAGCCUGACCCAGCACUGCGCAUUGCAUUUCAUGCUGCCUGCCUCUACUGUGACGAUAAAUUUCCACAACAUUCGCAAAUUUUGUUUUAAUUAUUCUAUGUUAUUAUUCCGUGUAAUUUAACAGUUCUUUUUGCAAAUUUUCAUUCUCUUCGACCGGUCAUGGAGAUGUUCAAAUUGACUAAUUUUCAAUGUCCAAGCAAGCGUUUCAUUCGUCAGUUGGAGUUUUGUUUCUUUGCACAUUGUUUAUUUUGCUCAGCGAGUACUGUAAUUAUAGAUGAAAUUUUGUAAUGGGUAAUUGAAAUUCAAAUAAAGUUACUGGAUUUUUAAUGCCUA